UACUUCUAAAUCUACUGAUGAACUUCAACAAGCCUCUGGAGUCAAUGUUUCAAAGCAUCGUCACCAUGGGGUAAAAAUAUUUCACAUGCUAUUAGUUAUACACAAUAUCUUCUUUAACCCACACGUGAGCUAUCUUUUAUUCAUAAGAGAACACAAGUCGGUUUCCACGGUUUCCAUGGAUAGCGUUUAUUAAAUAUUAAAGCAUGUGGUGUCGAAUUGACACCCUCGUGCCACAAGCCCUUUAUCUGAAGAUCAGACAGACUUUUAAUGUCAGGGCAAUGCACUUUACCCCGGCACACUCUUCAAGGUAAACAGAAAUUGAAUAAUGAAGUUUUUUGACUGCAAUAUGGAGCGUCGCACAUCCAGCGCUGAGGAGGACCGAGCGGAGAGGACAGUGCGGUUCCGCGUGGCGUCGGCGCGCAGCGGUCGCGUCCUGAAGGAGGUGUUCAGAGAGCACGCGCUCGAAGACUCCGCGGACACGGACACCACCGCGAGCUCAGAGCCGGAGCGCUCCACCUCGCCCGGCAUCACGGAGGCCAACAGCCACCUGAGCGGCCUGAUGGGGCCAGAACCGGAGGACAGCGGCGGCGAACCGGACGAGCUGCUCAUGUACGCUAGUGCAACCAAGGAGAAGCUUUUCACCGGAAAACGCGUGAACAUCUUCAGUAAGAACGGAACUAUUCGGGGCGUGAGAGAUAAAGUCAGCGCGGGACAGGUGUUGUUUAACAACCUGACCAAAAUGUAUGGGGAUUCCCUUAUUAUGAACCGGCCUAAAAGACCAUGAGAUUCUGUCUGAAAACAGCCCUGGAUGUCCUGCAGCAGAGGAUGCUGGGUCACACAACAGGACGUCACCCUGGGAUGUGCAACAGGGUUGAGUGUGUGAAAGUGGUGAUCAGUGGCCAAUGUUUUUAAGUGCUUCUCAAUAUUUGUGUAUAUUGUAGUUCUGUAAAUAUAUUUUAUAUUCACUUUUUGCAAAAGCAUUUUUGAAAAAAUGAACCGAAAAUAUCUGUAAAGUCAAAUGGUUGCUUGGAAUGUUCUCUUUGCCUAUGUUUGAUGUGCCUUUUCUUUAUGACCUUUCAUUGUUUGUGCUGAAAUUAUUG